ACUGCAAUGGUAUUUGCCCGACAGGUCGCGCGAUCUGGUGCGCAACUUAUGCACACGGGAGGUACGUUCCGUAAUUUGCGCGUUGAAGAGGCUGUACUUGGCGUUGGCAUUGCGCUCGACAACACAAACAUACCCAUUUUUUUUUUUUUUUUUUAGUCGCGAUAACAACUAUACCGUGUCUCAUCCUAGCAUGUAAAACAGUGAAGGCUACAAGCGCGAGGUCCUUGCUUUCCGCACACGUGGGGGUAAGCAGUAACAAUGAUGUUUGGAGAUAAAAUGCUUCAUUUUGUGCCUAUUGUGUAUUUCCUAAGCCCUGGUGAUCACCUAAGGGAUACUGUGUAUGGUAAUUAAUUCAUUUUGUUGUAGCACGGAGGUAGUUACUUUUGUUUUAGGGGGUGCCCCCAGACAAACUGGGGGGUGUACACCCCCCCCCCCCCCCCCCCCCCCCCCCCCCCCCCCCGGGAAAUCGCUACACAAGAGUGAGUUUCGCGCUUGCACGCGCAGCCAAAGCGUGGCAGAUAACGAGUGGUAUCCGAAAGAGAUGUUCUACUGUUCUCAUCUGGCUCCAGUUUCAUACCGGAUUUAUUACUACGGCCGAACCACUGAGGUCACCAAACCUAGCCGUUUCAGUUUCGGUUUCGCACCCUCUUCCAAAUUGUUAAUUGGUAUUUAUUAAUAUCAUACGAAAAUUUGGAAUCUACCGUAAUAAUAUCUGCGAUGUGAUAUUAAAGGUUGAAAAGUCUGAAGAUCUGUAGUUUUGAAACUUUAGCCUACUCCAGCCUGCCGCUGGUGGCGCUGGGGACGCCAGCGAUACCGCACGCAAGAGGCAUCAUGGCGUCCUGAUGCAGCGAGGUUAGCGGACAAGUUCAAUAUCGUGCUCGAAAAUACGCCUUUGCGACAUCGCGUGUCUCCCAGUAGUGCAGGCAACAGGCCGCCAACAUGAUCUCGUGACGCUGCGGGGAGGACGUUAUUUUUGCUCGGGCGGAGCGAAGCCGGGAAGCGCGAGAGCGAUCAACAUGAUCACCUUGUCGAAAAAAUUGAAGCAAAGUGCCGAGAACAACAACACAGAUGCCGUGCCGAACCUAGUGCAGCCCGAGGGAGUCGCGGCGCUGCGCAGGGCCUCGGUGAGAGACAAACUGCUCGUCCGAGAAGUGCAGGAGAUGGAGGCAAACCUGCCCGGCACGUGCACACUCAAGUUUGACGAUCCGGACGUGCUGCACCGCUUCGAGCUCAUCAUCACGCCCGAAGAAGGCUACUGGCAGGGCGGUCGCUUUGUGUUCCUCGUCCAGGUGCCCGAGGAGUACAAUAUGGUCCCGCCGCAGGUGAAGUGCACUACUCGGCUUUGGCACCCCAACAUCAACGAGGAGGGCAACGUCUGCCUCAGCCUGCUGCGAGAGAGCUCCAUCGACGGCAUGGGCUGGGCGCCGACGCGGACACUCAAGGAGAUAGUCUGGGGACUCAACGCGCUCUUCACAGACUUGCUCAACUUCGACGAUCCUCUGGACAACGAAGCCGCCGAGCACUACCAGAGAGACAGGGAAGGCUUUAGGGCCAAAGUGCGAGAGUACGUGCUCAAUUACGCCAAGAGGUAAAGCGCGCUGCACGUGAUGACACGAUGCGGCGUACGCCGUUGCUAGGUGAUGCAACCUUGUCAUAUGUUUUCACGUGAAGCCCCUUGGUGCAAUGCACGCUGUAUGCUUACGCUUUGCUGCACAGCCGCGCAACGCGCUUUGGAAAGAGCAUGGCGUUCCCCUCAAUCGCUCGUGGGUAGGACGCCGUGCUCUUCACAGAGCCCGCUGCUGGAGAGCGUAGCGGCAGGAAGGGGCUUUAGUUUCGCGCAGUAACCACGGUAACUAUGUCAAGCACGGCGCGAAGAAUAUAUCGGUGAAUCAUCUUUGGUCUUUUGGGUGGGCCGGAUAAAUCGUGUAUGUUUUGAUUGCUCAAGGGAGCGUGGUUUUCGAAUGGUGUAUGUACAUGAUUUCCAUAAACCUGAACGUCUAAAACAAAAGCCUGCUUUUCUCUACUGGCAAUCGCAAGCAGUAUUUUUUGCUUUGCUCGAUACGCGGGUCUCAAAUGAAUGCUUGAGUGUCAGCACGAUCUCCCACUCUGAAGCAUUCUUGUUGAAACUGCGUUUUGACGAACCAGACGAUAGUUUAACCAAAGGACGUGUUGGGUUUUACCGGACGAUAGAGCCUGUUGGUGAUUUUACAAGAGAUAAAGGGGAAGCAACAAAAAGGACAAGGAUAUUCUAGUUGCUUUCUCAUUAUCUUUCAACAUUUUAGGUAUGUGCUCUCUGUUAGUUUGCCCCUCUCUGCGAAAACAAACCCUACAAAUGCUACCAUCCCGCUGAGAAAAAUCUGUAAAGUUGCCAUGAGCAACUUUACAGAUUCCGUCAUCAUAAAUAACAAUGGGCCAAUGUUAUGCUCCGUGCGCUCUCAUCCGAAUCUCCAUGAAUGCUUUUAGCGGAUGUAACGAACAUUGCUAGCAUUUGUCCGCGCAUGGAGGAAAUAAAUUUAUACACAAGAAAGAAUAAACAAAGGUACGGAUGUCUCGUCUUGUCCGCCCCUUCGUUUAUUCUUUCUGGUGUAUUAAUCGUUA